AUGCUCCGCGGCCAAACCCUCCCCUGGAGAGCUGUACUCCAUCAAACGCCACGACCUCUCCUCCUCCGGCCGUUUCUUGCUUCACCGAGAUAUAAUGCAACCUUUCGAUCAACACUAAGUUCGACCCGCCUUGGUGACUCUCUUCCCUCGUCCUGCCGCGCCUUCUCUGCGAGCUCCAUUCGGCGGAGGGAGAAACCCCCGCCAGAGGACUCUAAAGACGGAUCGGAAGAGAAGGAAGAGCACGAAACUAGUCAGAAUGAUAAGCAAACGGAACGGGCUCCUGAAUCGCGGAGGAAGGGAGCAGACUCAGGAAAGCAUGUCUCUUCCGCAGAUCAGUUAGCUCCUGCGCGGAGAAAAGACCGGUCAUCCGAUAAAGAGCGCGGAGUGGAAGAGGAAGUAAAGAAAGAAGCCAACGCAUCAGAUGGCAAGGGGAACUCGAACGAUACUCCUUCGCCCAUCCCACCAAGUGAUGGCCCGGCCGACUCCAAACCCAGCGGUGCAAGCAGCGGUGGUAAUAGCGGCAAUGACGAUAGUGGGAAGAAGGGCAAGAAGGCCUCUGGGGAAAAGGCUUUGCAAAAGCCGGCAGUUCCGGACGUUUACCCACAGGUAAUGGCAAUUCCCAUCGCGAAACGCCCUUUGUUCCCCGGUUUUUACAAAGCGAUUACUAUUCGCGAUCCGAAUGUCGCUGUUGCGAUCCAGGAUAUGAUGAAACGGGGUCAGCCAUAUGUCGGAGCGUUUUUGUUCAAGGAUGACAACGCCGAUGGCGACGUGAUUGAGAAAUUGGACGAUGUUUACGACACUGGAGUUUUCGCUCAAAUUACCGCCGCAUACCCUCUCCGUGGGGAGGCUAGCGGCGUGACAGCGGUUCUCUACCCCCACCGACGUAUCAAGAUCUCAUCACUACUUCCCCCUGGAGAGAACACCAAGGCCGCUACACCUCCACCCGCACCUACGUCAGAAGACAAGACGACUGAAAAGCGAGGUGAUGUAGUGGCCAGCUUUGAAGAAAACGCACCCGAGCCAGCUCCCAAAGACCAUUACGAACCGACAUCCUUCCUGAAGAAACACCCUGUCAGCCUUGUGAACGUGGAAAACUUGGCCGAAGAGCCAUUCGACAAGAAAAACCCGGUUAUCCGCGCGGUAACCAGUGAAAUUGUUAAUGUGUGCAAAGAGAUCGCCACCUUGAACCCUUUGUUCCGCGAUCAAAUCUCGGCAUUUUACACAGAUCAAUUCCCAGGAAACCUCAGUGACGAACCAGCCAAAUUGGCUGAUUUUGCUGCCGCUGUAUCUGCCGGUGAGCUCCACGAGAUGCAAGAAGUUCUUGAGACAAUGAACAUCGAGGAGCGUCUCCCUAAGGCACUUGUCGUUUUGAAGAAGGAAUUGAUGAAUGCCCAACUGCAAUCCAAGAUCACCAAAGAUGUCGAGGCCAAGAUCCAGAAACGCCAGCGCGAAUACUGGCUGAUGGAGCAAAUGAAGGGUAUUAAGAGAGAACUUGGCAUCGAGUCUGACGGGAAAGACAAGCUUGUCGAGAAGUUCAAGGAGAAGGCUGAAAAGCUUGCCAUGCCUGAGGUUGUCAAGAAGGUCUUCGAUGAGGAGAUCAACAAGCUAGCACACCUUGAACCUGCUGCAUCCGAGUUCAAUGUCACUCGUAACUACCUGGACUGGCUAACCCAAAUCCCCUGGGGCCAGAAGAGCGUGGAAAACUUUGGCGUCAAGAACGCAGUCAGUGUCCUCGAUGAGGAUCAUUACGGGCUGAAGGAUGUCAAGGAUCGUAUUCUUGAGUUCAUCGCUGUGGGCAAGCUUCGUGGAACUGUCGAAGGAAAGAUUCUUUGCCUUGUCGGUCCGCCCGGUGUUGGAAAGACUAGUAUCGGCAAAUCGAUUGCUCGUGCUCUGAAUAGACAAUACUACCGGUUCUCGGUUGGUGGUUUGACCGACGUGGCAGAGAUCAAGGGUCACCGACGAACCUACGUUGGUGCUCUCCCGGGGCGCAUUAUCCAAGCCCUCAAGAAGUGUCAAACUGAAAACCCUCUAAUCUUGAUUGACGAGGUUGACAAAAUCGGGCGUGGCCACCAGGGCGAUCCGUCCUCUGCUUUGCUUGAACUCCUCGAUCCCGAACAAAACAACUCGUUCUUAGACCACUAUAUGGAUGUUCCUGUGGAUCUUUCCAAGGUCCUUUUCGUCUGUACCGCCAACGUGACCGAUACUAUCCCUCGGCCACUGUUAGAUCGUAUGGAACUCAUCGAAUUGUCCGGCUACGUGGCAGAUGAGAAGAUGGCGAUUGCUGAGAGAUACCUCGCCCCCGCCGCUCGGGAGCUGACUGGCCUGAAGGAUGUGGAUGUGAACCUGGAACGGGAUGCCAUCGAGGAGUUGAUCAAGUCGUACUGCCGUGAGAGCGGUGUCCGUAACUUGAAGAAGCAAAUCGAAAAGGUCUACCGGAAGGCAGCAUUCAAGAUUGUCCAAGACCUAGGCGAGGAUGUGAUGUCCGAAGAGGCGGCUCUGACCGAAGCGGGCAAGGCUGCUCAAGAAGAGUCCAAGGAGCAUGAGCCAGCAGAUCCUACGCAAAUACCGAUUGAGCCAGAGAAGGCAACCACAGAGGUUCCUCGAGUGGCCCUCAAGGUUCCCGACAGUGUGCAUCUUAGCAUCGGCAAGGGAACCUUGAAGGAUUACGUUGGACCUCCUGUUUUCACCGCCGACCGCCUGUACGACCAAUUCCCUCCCGGUGUCACCAUGGGUCUUGCAUGGACCAGCAUGGGUGGAGCUGCUCUGUACGUUGAAUGUAUUCUGGAGAAUGCAUUGAGUCACAACUCGCGCCCAGGGCUCGAAAUCACCGGCAACCUACAAAAUGUCAUGAAGGAGUCCACUCACAUUGCGUAUUCCUUCGCCAAGUCGGUUAUGGCGCGGCAAUUCCCUGAGAAUCAAUUCUUCGAAAAAGCGAAGGUUCACUUGCACUGCCCUGAAGGCGCUGUUCCAAAGGAUGGACCCUCUGCCGGUAUCACUAUGGCUAGCGCCUUGUUAUCUUUGGCUCUCAACCACUCUCUUGAGCCAACCGUUGCCAUGACCGGAGAGUUGACUGUGACUGGUAAGGUUCUGCGCAUUGGAGGCUUGAGAGAGAAGACUGUGGCUGCUCGUCGGGCUGGUGCCACAAAGAUCCUUUUCCCUGCAGACAACACAUCUGACUGGCUUGAGCUCCCUGAGAACAUCAAGGAGGGUAUCGAAGGCCACCCGGUGAACUGGUAUUCUGAAGUGUUUGACCUUCUUUUCCCCAGUCUCGACCAGGAGGCUGCCCGCACCAUCUGGCAAAAGGCAUUGGCCAAGCCCAAGAAGGGUAGCGAGGAGGCUAAUGAAGAGUAG